AUGUCAGAUAUCUCUUCUGUAUUGUUAAUUGGUGGUGCUGGUUUUUUGGGUUUACAUUUGGUUCAACAGUUUUCUGAAGUUAAACCAACUCCUAAAAUUUCAGUAUUUGAUGUAAGACCAUUGCCUGAGAAACUAUCCAAACAAUUCUCUUUUGAUCCAAGUUCAAUUGGUUUCUUCAAAGGUGAUUUGACCUCUGCUGAAGACUUAGAAAAGGCUAUUAAAGAAAGUGGUUGUAAUGUAGUUGUUCAUUCCGCUUCCCCAAUGCAUGGUAAUAGCCAAGAAGUUUAUGAAUUAGUUAAUGUUAAAGGUACUAGAAAUAUCAUCGAUGUUUCAAAAAAAUGUGGUGUCAAGGCUUUGGUUUAUACUUCUUCUGCUGGUGUCAUAUUUAAUGGUCAAGAUGUUCACAAUGCUGAUGAAUCAUGGCCAAUUCCUGAAAUCCCAAUGGAUGGUUAUAAUGAAACAAAGGCUAUCGCUGAAGAUAUGGUUUUAAAGGCAAAUGAUCCAGAAAAUGGAUUCGUAACCAUUGCUUUACGUCCUGCUGGUAUCUUUGGUCCUGGUGAUAGACAAUUGGUUCCAGGUUUAAGAGCCGUUGCUAAAUUAGGUCAAUCGAAGUUUCAAAUUGGUGACAAUAAUAACUUAUUCGAUUGGACUUAUGCUGGUAAUGUCGCAGACUCUCAUGUAUUGGGUGCUCAAAAAUUACUAGAUCCAGCCACUUCAGAUUCAGUCUCUGGUGAAACUUUCUUCAUUACAAAUGAUACUCCAACAUAUUUCUGGGCUUUAGCUCGUACUGUAUGGAAAGCUGAUGGCCAUGUGGACAAGCGUGUCAUCGUAUUGAAAAGACCUGUUGCAAUUUUGGCAGGUUAUCUAUCUGAAUUCUUCUCAAAGUUAUCUGGUAAAGAACCAGGUUUGACUCCAUUCAGAGUAAAGAUAGUUUGUGCCUACCGUUACCAUAAUAUAUCAAAGGCUAAGAAACUAUUAGGAUAUUCACCACAAGUUGAUAUUGAAGAAGGUAUUAGAAGAACUCUUGCUUGGAUGGAUGAAAAACUAGAUUAG